GGGCCGCCGCCGCCGCCGCCGCCGCAGCGCAAGGUGGUGGUGGUUCGCAUCACGAGCCCCGCGCUCUGGCUGCGCACCCGCGUCUGCUACCUCCUCAUCCGCCUCUACUUCGACCCGGACUUCAGCGUGGAGGAGUUCACGCGCGGCGCCAAGCAGGCCUUCUCUCUUGUUUCUAAGCUGCUGUCUCAGCGUAAACUUGACCUGCUGGAAGAACUUGUGUCAGAGGAGGCCCUUAAAGUUUUGAAGGAAAAGAUUUCACUGCUUCCCGACAGCCACAGGGACGCCUUAGCAGCUGACUUGGACGAAAUCAUGUACACCACAGAGGGAGACGUUCGGAUUUACUAUGAUGACGACGGAAGAAAGUUUGUUAGGAUACUGAUGCGAUUUUGGUAUCUGAAUGGUGCUAAUUUACCGGAUGAGGUACCAGGUGAAGCCAAAGUUUUCCAGAUUAUGUUUGGAGAUGAAAAUACAAAAGAAAAAAAACAUCUUUUAACAGCAAACUAUGAGUUUCAAAGAGAAUUUACAGAAGGAGCAAAACCAGACUGGACUAUUACACGGAUUGAACAUCCAAARCUAUUGGAAUAAAUGUCUUCUGCAGUGUCUCUGUGUACCACUAUAAAUGUUGUGACAUCAGGCAUUUUUUGGUCUCUUUUGUCUUUCAUCCUGUCUUGCCCCAAAGAAGGAUGGAUUUUGUAUAUUUGUUUCCUAGAAUUGUUUCUGAAAUUUACACUAUACUGAAGAAUUACAACGAAACCUUUUCCUUGGAGCAGGCUAAUCCAAAAUUUAAUUGGUACUAGCGCGCAUCCAGGCUAUUUGUGCAGCACACAAAGUGAUGCUGCUUGGAGAUGCACAACAUUUUCAUGGCUGGUAGCCCUCUUGAGUUAUUUUCAUGUUUCUUUUUUUCUCUCUCUAGGGAAUGUACAGUAUUUAACUGAAUAAUAUUUGAGAUAAUAGAGAUAGAUGGACUUCUUAGAUUGCCAGACAUCAACAGUACCUUUUCAGGUAAUCUUGCUUUUGAAUGUGUGUUUGAGAUAAGAAACUUAGAGCCAUUAUCUUUUUUUUUCCCCCUCUCAUUCCAGUCUGUCCCGUACCAAAUUUCUGGUGUUGCCCAGGGAAAAUGGAUCCAAGAUUUUUUUUUUUAACUUAUAAGCAUUCUUUUUUUUUCUUUAAGUAAUAUGAGCAAUAUACUCCCUCCAAUUAAGUACUGUGCAGGCAAUUUCAAAUUUAGAGGCUUAAGGAGAGAAAUUAACCUAAACAGUGAAUUAAAAAGGGGACUGACCACAUUACAGUCAAGUCCUCUCUGCUUCUCAGAGAAGUAAGUGAAUCAUUAAAAUCAGAUGUUGCUGUCUUUGGAACAGCUAAGUCCAUGCUCUAAGUUGUUUGAGAUUAUUAGGUGCAGUUCAGCAGUUCAUGAUAAUAGUUCUGUGUCCUCAUCUUUGCUUUAAAGAUAAAGCUAAAACUUCUGACCCAGGCAUGUUGAAUAGAUUUGUACGGCGUUUUGAAAAUGUAAAAGAAGUGUAAUUAAUAUGGCUUACAGGAGCUGCAGUUGGAGAGUACCAGUUAAAUUUCCCAUAGUUCAGCCCCUUUGAUUAGGUAAUUUAAUGAUAAGACUGUUUAAACCUUCUCAGUGGUGUUAUUCUGUCAAGUUGUGGUGAAACAGUUGCAGGUGUUUUGUUCACAAGGUUAGCUCUUAAGGUUAAUAGAUCUAGCAAUGAUCUAGCCAGUGGACAAAGAGCCUUAUGCUGAGGGGAGAAAAUACAAAAAUUCUCUAUUUAAAAUUGCAUAUUGUCACUCUGUACCUGAUCAGAUUGGAGGAGUUUGAGACAUACCGAAGUAUGUGUGGGGUUUUGUGGGCCAUUUCAUAACUGAGGGCACUAGUUUGCCACUUGUCCAGCUUGCCACAGAAUGAGGUGCUGCAGGAGGCUGCAACCUUCAGCCUUGUUUGUAGUGCAGUCUCAGCAGGAAUAAGCAGAAUGCUAUUGGCAUGUGCAGAUGCAUGUCUAAAAGAAGUAAUUUUAGAAUGUGUGUUAUCAAAAAGAGCCCUCGUUAUAUUCGAGAGUGUCUGCCUUCACAUUAWAUCAAGUUACCUGUCUAUGCAUGUUAGUAACUCUUAACACUUAGCUUGAAUUACUUGUAUUUGACUGGAUAUGUCAAAAAGGACGGUCAUGACAUAAGGGAUUGUCCUGUUCAUAGUGAGUGCUCUGUU